GUUUGGAAAAAAUGAAAGCGCGCAUCACCAAUCCCUCCAACGUAGUUGUGACUUAUGAAAAUGUCGGGGAGGGCAUGUGCGGCACGCAUAAGGUAUGAACUGCAAAAGUAUCGUACUCGUAUAAUGCAUUACAAAUUUCCCCAGCGUGAGAAAUAAAAUUUGUGAUGCGGAUUAACCUUAAGAAAAAAACUUGACUACGAGUACGGUAGUACUUUUGCACAGGAUAUAAGGGGCCGAUCUUUGACGUCGACUGGUGGGAGCAACGCUACUGGCACUGGGAUGACCGGAAUGACAACAACGCUUCUCCCGCCCCCCUGCCCGAUGAGUACUUCGCCGCGGCACAAAGCAUGUGCGAACAAUCGUGCACGAACAGUGAGUGGGCGGAAACCUGGGACGGAAACGCGAUCGCAGCUUGGGAAACCCUGAAUGG